AUGAAGUUCUCCCUUCUCGCUGCCGCGGCCAUUGCGCCCAUGGUCUCGGCCCAUUAUUUCUUUGACACCCUCGUCAUUGACGGCAAGGAAACUUCCGAGUACGUCCGCUCCAAUACGCGUGCCGCCAAGUACAACCCUACCAAAUGGGUCAACUCCCGCGACGACAUGACCCCUGAUGUUCUUGACUUCCGCUGCAACAAGGGUGCCUUCAGCUUCGCUGACACAACUGGUACCGCGGAGGUCAAGGCCGGAUCUAAGCUUGCUCUGAAGCUUGCCGUUGGUGCUAGAAUGGAGCACCCUGGUCCUGCCCUCGUGUACAUGUCCAAGGCUCCCAGCACUGCCAAUCAAUACCAGGGCGACGGCGAGUGGUUCAAGAUCCAUCAAGAAAGCGUCUGCGACAAGAACAAGGACUUUACCAAGGAUGCCUGGUGUACCUAUGGUAAGGAUCGUAUUGAGUUCACGAUUCCUGCGGCCCUACCAGACGGGGAGUAUCUGAUUCGACCAGAGCACAUUGGUGUGCACGGCGCUCACGUUGGGCAAGCCGAGUUCUAUAACACCUGCGCUCAAGUCAAGGUCAUCGGUGGUGGCAAUGGAACCCCCGGACCUACCGUCAACUUCCCCGGUGCUUACAAGAAGGAUGACCCUUCGUUCAAUUUCAGUAUCUAUAAUGGCUACAAGGAUUACCCUAUGCCUGGUCCGGAAGUCUGGGAUGGUGGGUCGGACUCUAGCUAUGCUUCGAACGUGGCUAGCACCAAUGCUACAGUUGCCGCUACCACUUCCGAUGAGAAGGAUGAGGACACCUGCGAUAGCAGCUUCACUCGGUGCGCACGCUCCUGUUUCCAGCUACUAAAGGACUAG